CUGGAAAUUAGAGAGAGAGAGAGGUGGCGGAGUGUAAUAAUGGUGGGGAAAUGUGUGAAACAGAGGGCAUUCAAUGCGGACAUGUUUGUAUUUGGUAUGAGAGUAAAUGCGAACACUGAUGGGUUGUAAAGGAUCUGCCUUUAUUAUGCGCCGCUGCUAGAAGUCUUAGACGAGGAGAGAGAGAGAGGGGAAAAGUAGUUGGUGUGGUUGUACUAAAUAGUAGGGGAGGAGUUGUUGAAGCAAUUUUUGCUGCUUCGUGGUUCUUCUCCGGCUCAGUUUCUGUCUUUGGGUUCAAGUCUGGGUCUUCCUGGAUUUUAGAAUUUUCUUACUUUCAUUUUGUUUUUUUGGAUUCUGUCCAAAGAAUUUAAUGAAAAUGUGUUUUAGGAAUUUGUGAGAUCUUUCUCUCGUAAAAAUCCAAUCUUUUAGUUAUAAAAUUUGGAUUCUAGGCUCAUUAACUUUUGUGGAGGAUAUUUUUGUUUGUUUAUUUUAAUGGAUAUUCCGUAACGUUGGUAUUGAAUUUGAAUGGAGGGAGCCUGCCCAUGAGGGAUGCUAAAGCUGGAAUUUCCGAAUUUCUCUGAUCGCCAUUAAAGGUGAUAAAGUAAAGGCACCUCAGCGGUAGACCUAAAGUUUGAAAUGUAUGCGACUGAGACUGAACUUCUGCGGCAAACGAUUUCAUUUUGAAAAGAAAACAGAAAUCCCAUUUGCUUUGCGUUCAAGGUCGAGAGAUUGGCUGUGGGAAGAGAGGUAGAUAGGCAUGCAUAUGUCACUAUGGAAGCCUAUAACCCACUGUGCCGCCAUAAUCAUGGACAAGAAGAGCAGGAGGAGGGAAGGUCCUGGUUUGACGGGAGAAAGGAAGCGAAACCCCUCGUCGAUUCUUCGGCAAUUGCAGGAGAAUAAGCUCAGAGAGGCUCUUGAGGAAGCAUCUGAGGCCGGUUCCCUUUCGAAAUCCCAAGAUAUUGAUUCCUCGGAGCCUUCCAACCAAGCAGGCGGUGGUCUCGGGCGCUCUAGAUCCCUUGCUCGCCUCCAUGCCCAGAAAGAAUUCUUGCGUGCCACGGCUCUCGCGGCGGAGCGAAGCUUUAGCUCAGUGGAGCUCCUUCCUAGCUUCCGGGAUGCCUUCAACAAGUUCCUUACAGCGUACCCCAAGUUUCAAUCCACGGAAAAGAUUGACCAGUUGAGGUUGAACGAGUAUGGCCACUUAACAGAAUCUUCCGCAAAGGUAUGCCUUGAUUAUUGUGGCUUUGGCCUCUUAUCUUACCUUCAAACUCAACAAUAUUGGGAGUCAUCGGCAUUUACUUUGUCAGAGAUAACUGCGAAUCUGAGCAACCAUGCCCUUUAUGGAGGUGCCGAGAAAGGUACCGUAGAAGACGAUAUUAAGUGUAGGAUUAUGGAUUAUUUGAACAUCCCUGAAAAUGAAUAUGGACUUGUUUUUACUGUUAGUAGAGGUUGUGCGUUUAAGUUGCUUGCUGAGUCUUACCCUUUCCAAACAAACAAGAAGUUGUUGACCAUGUUUGAUCAUGAGAGCCAGUCCGUGAAUUGGAUGGCUCAGAGUGCCAAGGAGAAAGGUGCCAAGGUUUCAAGUGCUUGGUUUAAGUGGCCUUCCAUGAAACUCAGCUCCAGGGAGCUUAGGAAAAAAAUUGCAAAUAAGAAGAGGAGGAAGAAGGAUUCUGCAGCUGGGCUUUUUGUAUUUCCUGUACAGUCAAGGGUAACUGGGGCCAAGUAUUCCUACCAGUGGAUGGCACUUGCUCAGCAAAACAAUUGGCAUGUAUUGCUUGAUGCUGGUUCAUUGGGUCCUAAGGACAUGGAUUCUCUUGGGUUGUCCCUCUUCCGGCCAGAUUUUAUUAUCACCUCGUUCUACAGGGUAUUUGGCUCUGACCCAACUGGAUUUGGAUGCCUUCUCAUAAAAAAAUCUGUGAUGGGAAGCCUGCAAAACCCAUCCGGGCAUACUGGGUCAGGAAUGGUGAGGAUUCUCCCGGUUUUUCCUCAUUACCUUAGUGAUUCUGUGGAUGGCCUUGAUGUUUUGGCCGGAAUUGAAAAUGAUGCAUUAAAUGGCAAUGAAGAAUCAAUACCUGAGACACAUGGGGGGCCACAGAUGCCUGCCUUUUCAGGUGUAUUCACUUCCAACCAGGUAAGGGAUGUCUUUGAGACAGAGAUAGAACAAGAUAACAGCUCAGACAGGGAUGGGGCUAGCACCAUUUUUGAGGAGGCUGAGAGCAUUUCAGUUGGCGAGGUUAUGAAAAGUCCAGUUUUCAGUGAGGAUGAAUCGUCGAACUAUUCAUACUGGAUUGAUUUGGGUCAGAGUCCAUUCAGCUCUGAUGGUUCUGGCCAAUUGACAAAACAGAAAGCAGGGUCACCCUUGCCGCCAUCAUGGUUUUCUGGCACAAGAAGCAACAAGCAAAUCUCUCCAAAACCAACUUCAAAAACAUUAAAGAGCCCAAUAUAUGAUGACAGGAAGGUAAACCUCAAACUGCAUGAGGAUCCUAUGUUGUCCUUUGAUGCAGCUGUUUUAUCAAUGUCUCAGGAGCUUGACCGUAUUAAGGAGAUUCCUGAAGAAGAGCAGUUUGCUGAAGCAGAUGCCUCUCAAAGUAGUGAAUUUUAUGCAGAGUCUCGGCCAGUUGAGAUCCAAGAGCCUGAAAUUAGAGAAGAUCUGGUUCAGAGUGAUACUAAGUUGAGAUCUAUUGCAAAUGGAUCCAGAUUGAAGAACCAGAACUCCAGCAAUUGGCAUGAUAAUCGUGAGAAAUCCUCAACCUCCAAAAUAUGUCAAGAAGUGAAAGACAGUGCAAUAAGAAGAGAGACAGAAGGAGAGUAUAGACUGCUUGGAAGGAGGGAAGGGGACCGAUUUGCUGGCGGUAGAUUAUUUUGUCUGGAAGAUGAGGACCGGGGUGCAAGCAUGGGCCAUAGGGUGUCUUUUAGCAUAGAAGACAACCACAAAGAAGGUCUGAGCCACUUGUUUGAGUCUGGAGAAGUAUCUGGGCCUACCCUUGUUGAUGAUGAUUCUGUCAGCGAUGGAGAAUAUGGUGAUGAGCAAGAGUGGGGAAGGAGGGAGCCCGAGAUAAUUUGUCGGCAUCUUGACCAUGUUAAUAUGCUGGGUUUGAAUAAAACUACCCUCAGGCUACGGUAUCUAAUCAAUUGGCUUGUUACCUCAUUACUUCAACUUCGGUUACCUGGCUCAGAUGAAGGAAAAGGAGAGCCUCUUGUGCAAAUAUAUGGCCCUAAGAUUAAAUAUGAAAGGGGUGCGGCUGUAGCUUUCAAUGUGAGGGAGAGCAGUGGAAGAGGGCUUGUUCACCCAGAAAUUGUCCAGAAGUUGGCCGAGAAAAAUGGAAUUUCUAUUGGCAUUGGUAUCCUUAGUCACGUUCGAAGAGUGGACAAUCCAAAACAGCCUUGUGGAUUAGACCUUGAGGAUACAGACUUGUGCAAACCAAUGGCUAAUGGCUGCCAAGAUGGUAAAAAUGUGUUCUUCAGAGUUGAGGUUGUUACUGCAUCUCUCAGUUUUCUAACAAACUUUGAAGAUGUUUAUAAGAUGUGGGCUUUUGUGGCCAAGUUUCUUAAUCCGUCAUUUGCUGAAGGUGGUGAAUUAUCUCCAGUCCCAGAAAGUCCAGAAACUUAGGACUGGGAGCUUGUAUCCAUGUUUUAGUUUUAUUUUCCCCACCAGUGCCUUUAGCUAUGCAGGAGAGAACAUGCUGGAGCUUGAACUUUCUGAGCUGAAAUCUGAGAGGGAAAUAGGAGAUGUUGAACCAAAGAGGAUAGGUUGUGAAGGUAUGUUUUGUUUGGUCCUUUUUAUUUUUAUUUUUAUUUUUUAUUUUAAAAUUGCUUCAUAAAAGCUUUUGCUUAGUGAGAUGACGAAUUUUUUCA